AUGUCGAAAUCUUUUGAUGACUUUGUGAAGCAGCAACAGGCUCAGCAAAAGCCAAAGACUUUUGGCUAUCGUAAUGCUGGUGGUGGAGGAGCUUCUCAGUACAAUUUCAACAACACGUUUGUUCCAAGUCAGCCACAACCACAACAAUAUUAUAGCCAGCAACAACCCUUUCAAGGAUAUAAGAAUAGGUAUAGUAAUUACAACGAUGCCAAGACUUUUCAAAGCACUCAAUAUUCAUCCACGGCAUCGCCGGUGGACUCAUUACCAACAAGCGGGAGAUCUACGCCCAAUCCAAAUGCAUCGACGACCUCCUUGACUUCUUUGAACACUGCUAUAUCCAAAUUGAAUGUGGAUGUACCAUUUCGCGAGAAUUUAUCAAACAUUGAGCACGCUUCUAAGAUCAGCGAGGUGAAAACUGAAGUCAGUGCAAUUGUCAGCCAAAUCAUGGAUCAGGACUCUUUUUCAAUAGUAGUGAGUGAAUGGAAAUUGAACGAUAUUUUAAAGUCUUUACUAAAACCAAAGAAUGCGUCGUUGGUCAAGGAAGCGGCUUUGCUUAUUAUUCAACAAUUAGCACAACACGUUGUUGACCAGACGCCAAAGGAAUACCACCUUCUUCAGUUUUUCGCAACGGCAUACGAUAUGUUCACUGAUAAAGAUAAAAAUGUUGUUAAAGCAGCCAAAUCUGCUGCAGAUGCGCUUUAUGCUGCCUACCCGAUAGAAGCAUUAGGUUCCGUUGUUCUCGAUGAGCACUUAUCAGUACUCCAGUCGGGAGCCAAAUGGAACUCUAAAGUUGCUGCAUUGGCUAAUUUCGAUAAAAUCAUUGAUGAUGUUUCUGCAGAUAUCUUGGAGAUGAAAUUCGUUGACGUUGUGCCUGUGUUGACCGAUUUAUCAACUGAUUUUAAGCCCGAAUUGGCAAAAGCCGGUUUACAGACUUUGAAAAAAUUUGUCAAAGUUUUGGAUAAUUUGGAUUUACAAAACAAGUACGAUUUGAUUGUGGAUACUUUAGCUGAUCCACUGAAAGUCACUGAUUGUGUGAAGAAUUUGUCGUCAGUAACUUUUGUUGCCGAAGUUACAGAGCCUGCAUUGUCGCUAUUAGUGCCAAUAUUGGACAAGUCCUUAAAAAUGACAUCUUCAUCAAAUGAACAAUUGAGGCAAACUGUUAUUGUUGCUGAGAACUUGACUAGAUUGGUCAACAAUAAAAGAGAAAUUGAAGUGUUUAUUCCUAUACUUUUACCUGGUGUUGAGAAAGUUUAUAAGAGUGCCUCGUUACCAGAGGUAAGAGAAUUAGCUGGUAAGGCUUACCAAGUAUUGAAAGAUGCUGAAGCGGAAAAGACUGAUGGUAAGUUCCAUGGUAGAAUAAGCUUGAAAGAAGCAGAAGAUUUCUACAAGAAUGAAAUCCCUGAAGGUGUUAUUAUUCCACCAUGUGUCACCGAUCCCGAUACUAUUGAGUAUUUGGCCAAGAUUCUACAAGUUGAUGCCAAUACCAACGAUUGGAAACGUUUGCACGAAUAUUUGAAAGCAAUUUCAUCAAACAGCGAGGAAUAUGCUCAUGCGGUCACAACUCACGUAAAACACUUGUUUAAUCCUGAAGCUAACCUGGACGGUGCUGAAGAUGAUGGCGCUAUUGAGGUGGUCAAUACCGACUUUUCGUUGGCCUAUGGUACACGUAUGUUGUUGAACAAGACAAACUUGAGAUUGUUGAAAGGACAUAGGUAUGGUUUGUGUGGAAGAAAUGGUGCUGGUAAAUCGACUUUGAUGAGAGCAGUAGCCAAUGGUCAAUUAGAGGGGUUCCCUUCGGCUGACGAAUUAAAGACAUGCUUUGUUGAACACAAAUUACAGGGAUCUGAAGCCGAUAUGGAUCUAGUUUCUUUUAUUGCCUCGGACUCGGAGUUAGUUAAUGUGGGCAAAGAUGCUAUUAAAGCUGCAUUGUUUGAUGUUGGGUUCCCUGAAGAAACCUUGUCAAAAAAUGUUGGGUCGUUAUCAGGUGGUUGGAAAAUGAAGUUGGAGUUGGCUAAGGCAAUGUUGAUGAAGGCAGAUGUUUUAUUGUUGGAUGAACCUACGAAUCAUCUUGAUGUAGGCAACGUCAAAUGGUUAGAAGAUUACUUGGUAAGCCAUUCUGAGAUCACAUCUUUAAUAGUUUCUCACGAUUCUGGAUUUUUGGACGCUGUAUGUACAGAUAUCAUUCACUAUGAGAAUAAGAAAUUGGCAUACUACAAGGGUAAUUUAUCAGAGUUUGUCAAAGUGAAGCCAGAAGGAAAAUCGUACUAUACGUUAACCGAUUCAAAUGUUAAGAUGGCAUUUCCACCACCCGGUAUUUUAACUGGUGUCAAGUCAAGUACAAGGUCGGUGGCCCGUAUGUCGAACGUUACAUUUUCGUACCCUGGUGCAGCAAAACCUUCAUUGAGUAACGUAUCGUGUUCGUUGUCGUUAUCCUCAAGAGUUGCUAUCAUUGGUCCUAAUGGUGCUGGGAAAUCUACCUUGAUUAAGUUGCUCACAGGAGAAUUAGUGCCGACCGAGGGCAGUGUGGAGAAGCAUCCGAAUUUGAGAAUCGGUUACAUUGCGCAACAUGCAUUACAACACGUUGAACAACAUAAGGAAAAGACCCCUAACCAAUAUUUACAAUGGCGUUAUAGAUUUGGAGAUGAUCGUGAAGUAUUGCUUAAGGAAUCAAGAAAAGUUUCUGAUGAAGAGAUGGAAAUGAUGCAAAAGGAGAUUGAUAUUGGUGAUGGGCGUGGUAAGAGGCAAGUUGAAGCAAUCGUAGGUCGACAAAAAUUGAAGAAAUCCUUUCAAUACGAAGUGAAAUGGAAAUACUGGUUACCUAAAUAUAACUCGUGGGUCCCAAGAGAAAAGUUAUUGGAGGAAGGAUUCGAUAAGUUGAUACAAAAAUUUGAUGAUCACGAAGCAUCUAGAGAAGGUUUAGGAUACAGGGAGUUGACACCAAAAGUUAUUCGUAAACAUUUUGAAGAUGUUGGCUUAGACGGUGAUAUUGCAGACCACACUCCAAUGGGAUCACUAUCGGGUGGUCAAUUAGUUAAAGUUGUUAUUGCGGGUGCCAUGUGGAACAAUCCCCAUUUAUUAGUUUUGGAUGAGCCUACCAACUACCUUGACCGUGACUCCCUUGGAGGGUUAGCUAUUGCCAUUAGAGAAUGGAGCGGAGGUGUUGUGAUGAUUUCACAUAAUAACGAAUUUGUAGGUGCAUUGUGUCCCGAGCAAUGGCACGUUGAAAAUGGCCAGGUGGUGCAAAAGGGUACUGUUGCUGUUGACUCAAAGAGAUUUGAAGAUGGCGGACGGGAAUCGCAAGGUGAGGGUUCUCCUGCGCCCGAGGCUGCUCCAGUGAAGAAACGCGACGAUGAUGAUGAUUCACCGGCUAAUAUCAAGGUUAAAACUAGAAAGAAGAAGAUUACCAGAAAUGAAAAGAAGGCGCAAGCAGAAAGAAGAAGAUUGAGAUAUCUAGAAUGGUUAAGUUCUCCAAAGGGAACACCUAAACCAGUAGAUACAGAUGAUGAGGAGGAAUAG